GGGCCGCGCCGGGGCCCGCCCGCGCCUCCGCUCCGGCACCGACACCGGCACCGGAACCGACACCGGCACCAGAACCGGCACCGGCACCGGCCCGCCAUGGCGCACUCGGCGCCGCUCGGCCUGCUGGAGCAGGGCUGCCCCAUCCAGGUGGAGCACGAUCGCAAGCGGCGGCAGUUCACCGUGCGCCUCAACGGUUGCCACGACAAGGCCGUGCUGCUCUACGAGUACGUGGGGAAGCGCAUUGUGGACCUGCAGCACACGGAAGUGCCCGAUGCCUACCGAGGGAGGGGAAUAGCCAAGCACCUGGCAAAGGCAGCCCUGGACUUUGUGGUGGAGGAGGACCUGAAGGCUCACCUGACGUGCUGGUACAUUCAGAAAUACGUCAAGGAGAACCCGCUGCCGCAGUACCUGGAACACUUGCAGCCUUAAGGCAGGACUGCUCCCACACCAGCACAGCUGUCCCUGACUGUUCAACGCGGCCUUCGCUUCUCUGCAGUCUCAGGAAACCCUUUCCCACACUCACAAUUCCCGGUUUUUUAAGCGUGUCCAUGCGGUGUGUGAGUGUGGGCACGACCUCCUCCUCUCUGCCCGCGUGUGAGCGUGGCUGCAGCCCCUGGGCCAGGCUGGCUCUGGGCACACGUGGUGCCCUCCAGUGCUUUUCCCAAGCCAGGGGAUAGAAGAGGGUGAUUUUCCACCAAACUCCAUCACAAAGCCAGGGGAUGACUUGUUCUGCACCUCAUCCUCUCCCCUCUGCUUGGUGACAGCUCUGAACUUGUAUGGGGAUGUUGGUUAGGGGUGGUCAUGGGCUACCAGCCCCCCUUUCCUCCUGGCAGCUGGGGAGAUGCUGUGGAUUAAGCUUUGUGGGACAGAGGAAGGUGCUGGAGGAGCCCCAGCCCUGUGUCAGGUUUAUCCCCUGUUGGACACCAAGCUGUGUCCAAGCCCACAUGAAACACAAACAAGAACAUGUGGACCAUGGUGGCACCUCGGGGGCUUUGCUGCACUGGCUGUGGAGACACUGGGAUGGUGACACCUUCGAGCCUGGAGACAAGAGCUGUGUGUGACUUGGACUGCAGAGCUGUGGCAGAGUCUGUGCAGAGGAAGAGAUGUGGCAGAGUUGCAGAUGCUGCUGCCUGGAGAUGCCAGCUCCUGUACACAACCCUGCUUCUGUACACAGCCCUGAAGUGGCAUCCCACAGGGUCAUGGACUGUUAUUCCUGUCUCCCUGCCCUUGGUGUGGACACAGCCUGCUCAGGAGUGGAGAUCAGCCCCGCAGCCACCCCUGGCCUAAGUGAUGAGGGACAUCCCAGGGCACCAGGGUGGUUUUCUGCAGCUGAAGAGGAAGGCUCCCCCCAUCUCCCUCUUCUCCAUCUCUACAUCCCUGUCAGCACCCCAGAUCAGCCUCAUCAUGACAUCCUGAGAGCAGCAGGGUGAUGCCUCCAGGACCUGCUCCUGGCCCAUCUCCAGGGCUCAGUGCUAGAGGCGUCCAUGUGGAUUCCUAUGGCUUCUCCUUAGAGCCUUUGGAAAGAAGCCCUGGCUCAUGGCAUUACCUGUCUGCUCAGCAGCCUCCUCACAGCUCCAAGCUCAGGGCACUGGCAGCAUCGUGGGGACCUUGGCCAGCAGCAGGAACAGCCUCAUUUCAUGAUCUUACCUCCGUGGAUGAUGAUCCUGUAGCACAAGGCAGCAUUGCCACACUCAGAUGUAGAGGUAGCACCAUGAUGGCAGGGCACUGCCAGGUUCCAGCUUGCUGCCUGUCCUGCCUUGCCUGGGUUUUCCAGGGCCUGAGCUACACCUCAGAGCAUCUCACACUGAGCUCAGGAUUUUGCAGUGUCCCAGGGCAGGGGAGUGGUGAGGGAGAUGUUUUCAACACACCCAGCCCUGAGCAGCCACUGGGGGCUGCAGCCAGGCAGGGGAUGGAGAUCCUCUCACCUGGAGACCAAAUCCAGACCUUGCUUAGCUCAGCAGGGACUAAAGUUUACAAUCUGUGCCACGGAGUGACUGAAGCCCCAGGUGAGAGGCAGCUCAGCCCUUUCCCAGAGCCCAGCACCAACUCCAUGGCAGCAAAGGCAAAAACUACAAUCUUCUCUCCUGAUUGGGGUGGCCAGAGAUGGAGACCUUGUGCCAGGAUUUCAGCCUGAGCUGCCCCUGGCCUCCAGCUCGAGGUGAACCCUUGCUGCCCAGCAUAGGGCAGCCCUCUCAGGCUUCCAAACAUCCCAGAUUCCAUCCCUGCCCUGCCUGCUGCAGGCUGUGAGACCCCUGCCCAUGCCCACCACCUGUGCCAGGGGUCAGAGCCACCUCUGCUUGUGCUGCUCAGGAAAGGCCUUGAGCUCAGCCCUGCCUUUGCUUCAUUUCUGCCCUCCUGCUGCUUAUUUCACCCAGGCUGUGACCUUUAGGGUGGCUUCAAGGGACUGGGAAAGGGUGGCAGGUAACAAACUAAAGGGGCUCGAAGAAAUGUGGGCUGCUAAAUGUUCCUUCUUUAAAAUGCAAAGCACACUUCAACACAUAGUUACAGGAGCAAGGCUGGCUCUGGUACUGCUGUGAUGACUGAACCAUCCCUUCUCUUGAUUCCAAGGUGAAGCUGAACUGUUUUCUCCCCUGGAAGCCAAGAUAAGAUACCUUGUCUUUGCCACAGCAGGGCUGAGUGCUUGGGAGCGAUGUCUGAGCCCAGUGCUGUGAGCCUCUGUCCUGGUUUUGUGCUCAUUUCCAUUGUGUACAGUCUCCAGCAGCUCCCAGUUGUGCCAGCUCGCUGGAGGGUGUGCUGUGCUCAGUCCAGGCAGUGUCCCAGUGUCCAGCCAGGCUCUGGAGCCCCUCGUGCUGCUCUGGCAGGAACCUCGUGCUUCCCGGCGCUGGAUCACCCGCAGCGAUCGCUGCCUUAAAUCAGGCACAGCUCACGGUUCUGCUGCUGCUUCCCUUCGAGGUGCUACAACCCCCUGGGCAUCUGACCUGACAGAGACGUGUGCCAGUGUCUGUGCCAACCAUUUCUCUGCUGUUCCCUCCUCCUCGAUGCCAGUGAAUAGCAAUACCAGCGAUGCCGCAGUCCACGGUGCUCUUGUGACCCUGCACGGCCGAGUGGGACCUGGCUCGGGGUCACUCGGUGCUGGGUAGCCCCUCCCUGCCUCCCCACCAGCUGCCUUUUCCCAGCUGGUCUCUGCAGAAAGGAGCUUUGAGUCCUGUGCUGCCCCUUGGUGCUGAUUAAGCCUGGAGGAGUUUGGGAUCUUGGACUCUCCCCAGGCGACAGGAGCGUGGAAGUGGUUUGGUUGAAUACUGAGCUCCCCAAACCCCUUUGAACUGCAGACCUGUGGUGGGUGGGGGAAUGCAGGUGGCUGUCAAACCUGCUUCCACAGCCCCCAACUUGAAACACCCCUUCCCUCCUCCACUCUCCAGCGUUGUCUUCCUCUGUCCAAGGUUUCCGUUCUGUUGGAUUCGGUGGUUACGAUGUGCCUUUCCUUCUCAGGACCUGUUACAAACGACCUUUCUGCUCUUGUUUAUGUUUAACAUUUAUCUUGAUCCCUCCCUCUGUCAUACUAUAAAACAUGAACAUAAUGCAUGGAAUACAAUACAAUAAAAGUGUGGCUUAACUGA